CCAGGUUUUCCUGUUCAAACGCACGUGUGUAACUUCAGCCUCGGGCUCUCUAGCGUCGUCAGCGCAGCGUGCCAGUCCGAAGGCGCGGAAGACGUCGGGGCCCGAAGGUGAGCCCACCCCCCGGCAAGGCAGCGAGAAACGUCUGGGGGCCACAGGUCAAGGCACGAGCCCGCAGCGCCGGCCGACUUGCGCUUUCCAUCUUCCCUCCCCCUGAAUUCUCGCCCACUUCGCCGACCCGAGAGUUUCCAAUGAGCGCCGCCACCCUGGACCCCUUGGACUCGCUUUCGUGCUACAGGACCUGGUCCCUGGAGCCCGCCAAUUUCUACGACGCCAAGGCGGGCGAAGGCGGCGGCGGCGGCGGCCUGAGCCCCUCCUGCAAGGCGGGCAACUCCGGAGGGAGCGCCUUGGCCAGCCUGCUGCACGCCAGCGUCCUCCCCGGCCCGCUCCGGGGCGCCGUCAAGCAAGAGCCCGACUGGGGCGAGGAGGCAUCGGGCUCGCUGCUGCCGUCCCAGAUUGCUACUUGCGCCCAAACCAUUGUCAAUUUGAGCGGGCAGCCCACGCCGCCCACCUCCCCCGAGCCGCCGGGCAGCGCCUCGCCGUCCAGCUAUAGUAGCCGCUCUUCUGCUUCGUCGUCGUCGGGAUCCAAAGAGCGGGCGGGCAAGAAGUGCGUGGACAGGUUCAGUCCGGAGUACCGGCAGCGGCGGGAGCGCAACAACAUUGCGGUGCGCAAGAGCCGCGACAAAGCGAAGCGCCGCAACCAAGAGAUGCAGCAGAAACUGGUCGAGCUCUCCGCUGAGAACGAGAGGCUGCACAAGAAGAUUGAGCAACUCAGCCGGGACUUAACUAGCCUCCGACACUUCUUCAAGCAGUUGCCCAACGCCUCUUUCCUGCAGCCCUCCUCGGUCACGGACUGCCGAUAACCGGCUGCAGGCAGCGCCGCCACGGCCGCCCAUGCGAGAGACUUUGAACUUCUUCACGAAUACCUCAGCGCGAGCCGCACAAACUGCAGCGGGGGCUGCACGGGAGGGGGGAGGGCGGAGGGCGGGCCAGGCCUGAGUUGCCCCGGGGACUGUGCCAAAGGUACGCGGGGAGAGGGGGAGGGCGCGCCUUGCUCUCGCCUCCCCCCAAGCAAGAGACCUAGCCUGGAAGGCCGGACAGAAAUGCGCGGGGAGGGGGGCGGGGGCAGAAAAUCCUGUGUGUGCGUGCGUGCGUGCGUGUGUUUUGGCUUUAACUUUUUUUUUUUGGAAUGGGCUAAGCUUGGGUCUUUAACCACAAAACUUGCCAAAAAGGUUAAAAAAAAGUGAAAGAAAAGCUAAACGUCUCUUCCCUCCUAAAUUAUUUUUAUAAUGAUCAUCUUCCCUUCCCCCUCCCCUUUGUUGAUGCAGCUGUGGUACUUUGUAAGAAACAAAUAAUGAUUUUCAGACUUUUCAAACACUUUUUAUUAUAAACGGCAAAAGGGAAAAAGUAGACUGAGCAUGCUCAAACUUUUAUAUAAAAUUUUUACAGCAUUUCUAAAAAUAAAAACCCCUUGAAAUGUA